AUGUCACGUCGUACACCUACAAAAUCUCGAGUAAAAAUUUGUAACAAAUCUGUAUUUCAUCUCCAAGAUAAAAAAGCAGACGAAAAUGAACUAUCUAUUGGUUUAAUAAAAUCUGCGAAGCGAACAGGACAACUCAGUUUAUGUAACAGAGGCCUGGGUACAGUACCUGAAAAUGUUUGGAAAAUUAAUGAUUUGGUCUUGGAUGAUACUAAAGAUGUCGAUUUUUCAAGAUCUCCUAGAGAUAACUGGUGGAAUGCAGAGCCAUUGAAAAUGCUUGAUCUUAGUUCUAAUGUUAUUAAGAUCAUUUCACCCAAUAUAAAGUUUUUAUCAGAACUUAUAACAUUAAAGCUCCAUGAUAAUGCCAUUGAAAGUAUUCCUCCUGAAAUUGGUGAAUUAAACAAUUUGUCCAAUUUAAGUUUAGACCAUAACAAAUUGGAAUGUUUGCCAAAGGAGUUCUAUAAAUUGACUGAAAUGAGAUGGCUGAGUAUUUCUCAUAAUUCAAUAAAAAAUAUUGAACCAGAUUUUGGGGACCUUGUAAUGUUAACUUUUCUGGAUUUAUCUCAUAAUAAACUGACUUCUUUGCCGCCUGGAAUGGGUUAUUUAGUUCGCUUGGUGGAUUUAAACCUGUCUUUUAAUGAGCUUACGGAACUUCCACCGGAUAUUGUUAAUCUUAGAGAUUUGAAGAAAUUUAAUGUGAGUAAUAAUGAGUUAAAGAAGUUACCAGCCCUCGGUGAAUUGAGAAAGAUGGAAACCUUAGAUGCCAACCAUAAUUCAAUUGAAGAAUUGCCUGAUUUCUAUGGCUGUGUGGCCUUGAAGGAAAUCUAUAUCGCUAAUAAUUUCAUAAAGGAAAUCACGGAGGAAUUUUGUGAUCAGAUGCAGCAUUUAAAUGUUUUGAAUAUCAGAGACAAUAAACUAGAAGUCCUUCCAGAGAACAUAUCACUGCUUCAGAAUCUUAAGAGAUUUGAUUUAUCUAAUAACAACUUAAACAAAUUGCCGAAGAAUUUGGGUCUCCUAUCACAAUUGCAGAGUAUCAGUAUGGAGGGAAACAAGUUGUCGUUUGUAAGGCAGGAUGUUAUCCGAGGGGGUACCGACAGGAUGAUGAAGUAUCUGAGAGACAGAAUGGCUGAGGAAGUGGUUGGGGAAGCAAGACUCACUGAGAACAACUGGCCAGAUAAAUAUACAUUGAAGAAAAGUCAAGCUUUGAUUGUACCAGCUAAGGAAUUGACUUGUGUGCCUGAAGAUGUCUUCGUAAACGCGGCGCAGGCGGAAGUACAUGUGAUUGAUCUAUCGAGAAACAAGUUCACAGGGCUGCCAGCGGGAUUCCACCUGGUCCGGGAUACAUUGACACAGUUGUUGCUAUCAUCUAACAGUAUAGAGGUGGUACCUCCAGAGAUCAGUACUUGCAAACACUUGCAGUACAUUGACCUCGGGAAGAACUGCCUCACUGACCUACCUAUGGAGAUGAGCGAUUUGAAGAAUUUGAGGGAAUUGGUGAUAUCUAAUAACAGGUUUACAAAGAUACCUCGCUGUGUCUACGAUUUGGAAAAUUUGGAGAUUUUAUUAGCUGCUGAGAACCAAAUAACAGAGAUCAAUGUAUCUUCGGACGCUUUGGCCAAGUUGAAGAAACUGGCGGUGUUAGACCUCACUAACAACAGUAUUAUUACCGUGCCGCCUGAACUGGGGAACUUUACGCAUUUAAGAUCUUUGGAACUCAUGGGUAAUUGCUUCCGCCAGCCGCGGCACGCCGUCCUUGCAAAAGGCACGGCUUCCAUAUUGUCAUAUCUUAGAGAUAGAAUACCUACAUAA